GCCCGCACCUUGGCCAACAGGAGCAGGGUGCGGCUGGUGCGGGCGUCCGCGUGGCGCUCUCGCAGGUGGAAGAGCUUGGGCGACAUGAUGGCGGGAGAGAAGAAGCGCAGGCACAGGAAGCUGGUGACGGCGAUGAACGAUCAAACUGUUGAGGGUCCACAAACAGGCUGAAGACCUCGUCUGGAGGGAGACUGCAGUGAACCCAAGAUCUUUCAAAUAAGCGCAUCGACAUAACAAGAUUUAGAAAAGAAUAAGCACGGUGCUGUGAGAGCAGCUAGCGGGGGCUGGACUGGGUCCCCGCGGCCAGGCUUCCAAGUCGAGCUGCCGUUUGGGUGGGACCAGAAGACGGGCUAGUCGGCGCCCCAGGAUCCCUCCCUGAGGACAAACAGAAGGCCGGGUCCUCCCUUCUCCCGCUUGUCCUUCGGCAUUCGCGGGACCUGCAUGCUAGACCAGCUGGCCGGACGGCUCGCUAGGACCCGCGGGUGCGGCUGGCCCCUGCCAUUUCCGCUUCCUGCCGUGGGGCGGGGUUUCCGGUUGUCUGAGGCGAGGCUUGUCGGCGGUCAAAGGGGCGGCCCGGCCCGGAAGCUACAGCGGCGGUGCGGAGACUGCGGGGCGGGCCAUGGCGGCGAACCUGAGCCGGAACGGGCCAGCGCUGCAGGAGGCCUACGUGCGGGUGGUCACCGAGAAGUCCCCGACCGACUGGGCUCUCUUUACCUAUGAAGGCAACAGCAAUGACAUCCGCGUGGCUGGCACAGGGGAGGGUGGCCUGGAAGAGAUGGUGGAGGAGCUCAACAGCGGGAAGGUGAUGUACACCUUCUGCAGAGUGAAGGACCCCAACUCUGGACUGCCCAAAUUUGUCCUCAUCAACUGGACAGGCGAGGGCGUGAACGAUGUGCGGAAGGGAGCCUGCGCCAGCCACGUCAGCACCAUGGCCAACUUCCUGAAGGUAAGGCCAGGGGACUCCAUGACCAGAUGAAAGUUUUCACCAUAAAUUGACAUAGGAACAAAGAAGCAUGUCCUGUACCAGUUCCAAGAUGUGUGCUAAGAAAACAGAAAUUGCUUUUGUACAUAUGAAGUGAAGGGAUUUAGAUUUCUGGUUCUUAUAUACCGUGAUGUUUGUUGUCUUAAAAAAUAAAUAAAUAAAUAAAAAACCCAGAAGAAAAACCUUAUUGCUUGAAUCAAAUUACUCAGAAAAUGAACAUUUUAUAACAAACUGGCAAUAGGAAGCUGGGUAGUACUCAUAAUAAAAUUAUGAUCAAAUUGUACCUAGUAGGAUCUGUUAUGGGCUGAUAUUUCUGUCCUACCCAAACUCACAGGUGGUUGGCCUAACCCCCACAGUAAUGCUAUUAGGAGGUAGGGCCUUUAAAGAUAAUUAGGUUUAGAUGAAGUCAUUAGGGUUGUCAGAGAUGAAAUGCAAACACAGGCUAUGGUGUUUAUAAGCAAGAAACUGUUACAAGUAAUAAUUUAAAAAUAUACAACAAUAGGUUACAGUGGUUAUAAAUAAUUUAGUUUGUCAAAAUGAGUAGGAGUAGGCCAAAGUUACAUUUUACACAAUAUUUUAUUCAUAAAAAGGAAAAUAGUAUUUGAAUACAGAAUACCUUGGUCAUUUUAUUAAAUACAAGACACAUUUUAUUUUCAUUUUAUUUUAUUCUUAUUUUUAUUUGCCAUGUCAUAUAUUGAAAUAAAUAAUUCAUAAUAUAUUUUUAUGUGUACAUCUAUGGACAUUGAACAUUGUAUUUUUUUAAAUUUAUUACUUUAAAAUAUUAUAAACCUAGGCACAUAGAGUUGAUGAUCUUUCAAUACUUUAUUUUUAUAGAAUUUAUUUUUUCUUUUAUAAUUAUCCAUUAUUUAUAAAAUUUGAUAUAAUCCUUAUCUAUCUUUGCAUGUAUUUGUAACAUUUUCUUAGAAAUUGAAGUUAUUCACAAAUUAUCAUUAAUUAAUCAAUAACAUUAGUCUAUUGCCUUAAAGUUGUCCAAGUAAAUGUAAAUGACGAGUUAAUGGGUGCAGCACACCAACAUGGCACAUGUGUACAUACGUAACAAACCUCCACAUUGUGCACAUGUACCCCAGAACUUAAAGUAUAAAAAAAAAGUCUAAGCUAACACAGGAAGCCUUUUUUGCUUUGUAGCUGUACAAGAAUUCACAAGAUUAAACCUCAGUAGAAGAUAACACUUACUGAAAUUUCAUUUAAUCAAUCUUGUACUUUGGCCAUCCUAAAUCAUUUUUAAAAUUACUUAUAACUUACUGUACCACUAACAUAUAAUUUUUAAGUGUAAAAUAUGAGAAAUUAAACCCGUCCUAUUUAUGUAAAAAUACUAUGCUAAAAUUAUUUUUACAUGGUACUGAAGUCAAGAAGGCAUAGGGUUACUUGUAAGCUAAAAUUAGUCCACCCUAGUUAAAAGAGCCAUCAAAAUACUAGGGAUAGCAUAGAAACUCGUUUUAAUAUAAAUUAUUCACUGCAUUCAUAUGCCAAAAUUUAAAGAUAUUUGAAUCUAUGUCAUGAGUCUACUUUUCUAAAACCUAAGCUGUUUCCAAACUUUUGGAUUCACUUUUUUUUUUUUUUUAAAUCAAUUCAUCACUUCUGAGCGCCGGGCCCCGCAGGGCCAGCUCCGGGACCUCGGGGACCACAGCGUUGCCGCCGCCUAAGGGGCCUCGCUGCAUAGCGCCCCGAGGGGGCUUCGCAGGAGGAGAGCUUUUCAUUUCGGGUCCGCCCGGCGGGGCUGGGGUCACGAUCCGAUCAAAUAAGAUCAAAGUGUAAGCGGGAGGAGGGGCGUAGGGGUGGGCGCACGCACUCGCCUAACACGCUCCAAGCGCGCACACUCACACACUCACGCGUCCACUCACACUCACCCCGCACGCGCCUCACACGCGACACCACAGCUCCGCACACAACACCCAGGACCCAGGCCGCUCUCCCUCCCUAAAACAGCGGAGGGAUUCACUUUUUCAUUCUGUUACAAUUUUGCAAGAAGAAACAUGAAAAAGGAGUACAUUUCUAAUUUUUUUUCUAUUUUUUUGUCUUUUGCUUAUUUGUACAAAUUUAUGAAGUACAUGAGAAAUUUUGUUACGUGCAUAUAGUGUGUUGUGAUCAAGGCAGGGUAUUUGGCGUGUCUGUCACCUGAGAACAAUACAUUUUUGUUAGGUAUAGUCACCCUACUCUGCUAUCAUACAUUGAAUUUAAUCCUUCUAUCUUACUGAGAGUUUUACCCUUUAACUCAGUUUGCUUCCUUGUUCUCCAUAUCUCCCACUCACCCUUUACAGUCUCUGUUAUCUGUCCUUCAACUCUCUACCUCCAUAUAAUGAAUUUUCUUAACUCCCACAUAAAAGUGAGAACAUGUGAUAUUUGUCUUUUAGUGCCUGGCUUAUUUCACUUAAGAUAAUGACCUCCAGUUCCAUACAUGUUGCUAUAAAUGGCAUGAUUUUAUUCUUUCUUAUGGCCAAGUAGCAUUCUAUUGUGUAUAUAUACCACAUUUUCUUUAUUCAUUAACCCAUUGAUGGACACGUAGGUUGAUUCCAUAUCUUUGCUAUUAUAAACAGUGCUGCAAUAAACAUGUGAAUGCAAGUAUCCUUUGAUAUACUGAUUUCUUUUCCUUUGGGUAGAUAUCCAGUAGUAGAAUUGCUGGAUCAAAUGGUAAUUCUACUUUUAGUUUUUUGAGAAAUCUCCACAUUGUUUUCCAUAGUGGCUUUACUAGUUUACCUUCCAACAAACACCAUGUAAGUUCCGUUUUCUCCUCAUUCACACCAUCAUGUUAUUUUUUGUCUUUUUAAAUAGUCAUUCUGACUGGGAUAAGAUAGUAUUUCAUUAUAGUUUUGAUUUAUAUUUCUCUGAUGAUUAAUGAUGUUGAGCAUUUUAGCAUAUACCUGUUGGGCCAUUUGUAUGUUUUCUUUUGAGAAAUAUCUAGUCAUGUCCUUCGCCCACUUUUUAAUGGGAUUAGUUUUUUCUUGUUGUUUUUUGUUUCCUGUACAUUCUGCGUAUUUGUCCUCUGUUGGAUAAAUAAUUUGCUAAUAUUUCUCCCAUUAAGCAGAUUUUCCUUUCACUUUGAUUGUUUUCCUUUGUUGUGCAGAAGCUUUUUAAUUUGAUCUAGUCCCAUUUGUCUUUUUUAUUGUUGCUGCCUGUGCUUUUGAUGUCUUAGUCAUAAAUCCUUUGCUUAGACCACUCUUUAUGAGAACUUUCUCUAGGUUUUCUUCUAGUGUUUUUAUAUUAAUAGCUUUGCAACUUACAUUUGUGUAUUUAAUUCAUUUUGAGUUGAUUUUUGUAUAUGGUGACAGAUAGGAGUCUAGUUUCAUUCUUCUGCAUGUGGCUAUCCAAUUUUCCCAGCACCAUUUAUUGAAGAGGGUGUCCUUUCCCAAGUGUAAGUUCUUGUUGACUUUCUUAAAGAUCAGUUAGCAGUAAAUAUGUGGCUUUAUUUCUGGCCUCUCUAUUCUGUUCCAUUGGCCUAUAUAUCUAUCUUUAGAGAAAUACCGUGCUGCUUGGGUUAAGUCAGGUAAUGUGAUACCUCCAGUUUUGUUCUUUUUGAUCAGGAUUGCUUUGACAUUUGGGCUCUUUUUUGGUUUGAUAUUUUAUAUAUAUUUUAUAAUUGUUUAUCCAA